GGCGGGGCUCAGGGCCGCACAGUGACUGCUGCAGCCUCGGACGCGCCAGCCGAGCAAGUGCCCGCCCCCGCCCUGCGACCAGCGCCCCCGCCGCCCGGAUCGUGCCCGCAGGGGCCUCGCGCACUCCGGGCCGGCGAUGAGCGCGAGGAGCCGCCAUGAGCGCAGACAGCAGCCCUCUCGUGGGCAGCCCGCCCGCCAGCUAUGGGACCCUGACGAUAGGGACGUCAAUCGGUCCCCACAGCUCCUCAGCUUCAUCCGUGAGGCUCAGUGGCUACUGUGGCAGUCCCUGGAGGGCCAUCGGCUAUCACGCCGUGGUCUGGGUGCUGGCCGGGAUCCCCUUGCUGCUCUUCCGCUGGAAGCCCUUGUGGGGGGUGCGGCUGCGGUUGCAGCCUUGCAGCCUGGCCCGCGCCGAAACACUCGUCAUCGAAACAAGAGACAAAGAGGAUAGCACAUGGCAGCUCUUCACCGUCCAGGUGCACACUGAGGCCAUCGGUGAGGGCAGCCUGGAGCUGCCCCUGCAGGCGGAGGAUGGCCGCAGUGAGGUGGCCGUGGGGGCAGUGCCUGAGGCCACGUGGAAGGACACAGCCCAGCUCCGCAGGAGGGAGGAGGCAAAGCAGGUGGCUCGGUAUUACCUCUUCCAGGGCAGGCGCUACAUCUGGAUUGAGACCCAGCAAGCCUUCCUUCAAGUCAGCCUGCUGGGCCAUGGCCACACCUGCGACGACAUCCACGGCUCCCGCUCUGGCCUCAGCCUCCUGGACCAAACCGUGAGGAAGAAGAUUUUCGGGCCCAACGUGAUCAGCAUACCAGUCAAGUCCUACCCACAGCUCCUGGUGGACGAGGCGCUGAACCCCUACUACGGGUUCCAGGCCUUCAGCAUUGGGCUGUGGCUGGCCGAUCACUACUACUGGUACGCCCUGUGCAUCUUCCUCAUCUCCGCCGUGUCCAUCUGCCUGUCCAUGUACAAGACCCGAAAGCAAAGCCAGACCCUGAGGGACAUGGUCAAGUUGUCCGUGCGAGUGCGUGUGUGCCGGCCCAGGGGAGGGGAGGAGUGGGUCGACUCCAGUGAGCUGGUGCCAGGAGACUGCCUGGUGCUGCCUUUGGAGGGCGGGCUGAUGCCCUGCGACGCCGCCCUGGUGGCUGGUGAGUGCAUGGUCAACGAGAGCUGUCUCACAGGAGAGAGCGUCCCGGUGCUCAAGACGGCUCUGCCAGAGGGGCCCAGGCCGUACUGCCCAGAGGUUCAUCGGCGGCACACGCUCUUCUGUGGGACCCUCAUCCUGCAGGCCAGGGCCUACGGGGGACCUCACGUCCUGGCGGUGGUGACCCAGACAGGGUUCUGCACAGCUAAAGGGGGCCUGGUGAGCUCCAUCCUGCAUCCUCGGCCCAUCAACUUCAAGUUCUAUAAGCACAGCAUGAAGUUCGUGGCUGCCCUGUCUGUCCUGGCUCUGCUCGGCACCAUCUAUAGCAUCUUCGUCCUCCACCGCAACCGGGUGCCUGUGAACGAGAUCGUGAUCCGGGCGCUGGACCUGGUGACCGUGGUGGUGCCGCCUGCCCUGCCGGCUGCCAUGACCGUAUGCACGCUGUACGCCCAGGGCCGCCUGCGCGCACAGGGCAUCUUCUGCAUCCACCCGCUGCGCAUCAACCUGGGCGGCAAGCUGCGGCUGGUGUGCUUCGACAAGACAGGCACCCUCACCGAGGACGGCUUGGACGUGAUGGGGGUGGUGCCCCUGAAGGGGCAGGCGUUCCUCCCGCUGGUCCCAGAGCCCCGCUGCCUGCCCAUGGGGCCCCUGCUCCGAGCACUGGCCACCUGCCAUGCCCUCAGCCGGCUCCAGGACACCCCAGUGGGCGACCCCAUGGACCUCAAGAUGGUGGAGUCUACUGGCUGGGUCUUGGAAGAGGAGCCAGCUGCCGAUGCAGCACUUGGGACUCAGGUCUUGGCAGUGAUGAGACCCCCACUUCCUCGGGAGCCCCAGAUACAAGGAACAGCGAGCCAUGGGGUUCCUGCCGAGGACGGGCCCGGGGGUGGCCUCCAUAGCCAGCCCUCAGCUCCUCCCACCCUGCAGGAGCCCCAGGUGCCACUCAGCGUCCUCGGCCGCUUCCCGUUCUCCUCCACCCUGCAGCGCAUGAGUGUGGUGGUGGCAUGGCCGGGGGCCGCUCAGCCCGAGACCUACGUCAAGGGCUCCCCGGAGCUGGUGGCCAGCCUCUGCAGCCCCGACACAGUGCCGGGCGACUUUGCACAGACGCUGCAGAGCUACACGGCUGCCGGCUACCGCGUGGUGGCCCUGGCUUGCAAGCCGCUGUCCAUCGCCCCCAGCCUGGAGGCCGCGCAGCAGCUGUCACGGGACACCGUGGAGCAAGACUUGAGCUUCCUGGGGCUGCUGGUCAUGCGGAACCUGCUGAAGCCCCAGACAACACCGGUGAUCCAGGCUCUUCGGAGGACGUGCAUCCGCACCGUCAUGGUGACAGGGGACAACCUGCAGACAGCAGUCACUGUGGCCCGGGGCUGUGGCAUGGUGGGCCCCCACGAGCGCCUGGUGAUUGUCCACGCCACCCACCCUGAGCAGGGGCGACCUGCCUCCCUCGAGUUCCUGCCUGCGGAAUGCCCUGCCACUGCGAACGGGGCAAAGGAUCCUGCCCAGGCUGAGAGCUACACCGUGGAGCCAGACCCGCGAUCCAGCCACCUGGCCCUCAGCGGCUCCACCUUUGGUGUCCUCAUGAAGCACUUCCCCAAGCUGCUGCCCAAGGUCCUGGUGCAGGCCACCGUCUUCGCCCGCAUGGCUCCUGAGCAGAAGACAGAGCUCGUGUGCGAGCUGCAGAGGCUUCAGUACUGUGUGGGCAUGUGCGGGGACGGCGCCAAUGACUGCGGGGCCCUAAAGGCGGCCGAUGUGGGCAUCUCCCUGUCCCAGGCUGAGGCCUCAGUGGUCUCACCCUUCACCUCGAGCAUGGCCAGUAUCGAAUGUGUGCCCACGGUCAUCAGGGAAGGCCGCUGCUCUCUCGACACGUCGUUCAGUGUGUUCAAGUACAUGGCCCUCUACAGCCUGACCCAGUUCAUCUCAGUCCUGAUCCUCUACACGAUCAACACCAACCUGGGGGACCUGCAGUUCCUGGCCAUUGACCUGGUCAUCACCACCACAGUGGCCGUGCUCAUGAGCCGCACGGGGCCGGCACUGGCACUGGGGCGAGCGCGGCCACCGGGGGCCCUGCUCAGCGUGCCCGUGCUGAGCAGCCUGCUGCUGCAGGUGGCCCUGGUGGCCGCUGUGCAGCUGGGGGGCUACUUCCUGGCCGUAGCCCAGCCCUGGUUCGUGCCUCUGAAUAAGACCGUGCCGGCGCCCGACAACCUACCCAACUACGAGAACACGGUGGUCUUCUCCCUGUCCAGCUUCCAGUACCUCAUCCUGGCCGCGGCUGUGUCCAAGGGGGCACCCUUCCGCCGGCCACUCUACACCAACGUGCCCUUCCUGGUGGCCCUCGUGCUCUUGGGCUCUGUCCUGGUGGGCCUCAUCCUGGUCCCCGGCCUCCUGCAGGGGCCACUAGGGCUGAGGAACAUCGCAGACACCUGCUUCAAGCUGCUGCUGCUGGGCCUGGUCGCCUGCAACUUUGUAGGGGCCUUCAUGCUAGAGAGUGUGCUGGACCGGUGUCUGCCGGUCUGCCUGCAGCAGCUCCGCCCCAAACGGGCCUCCAAGAAGACUUUCAAGCAGCUGGAGCAGGAGCUGGCUGAGCAGCCCUGGCCACCACUGCCCACUGCUGGUGCGGUGAGGUAGCACAGGCUCGUGCGUGCCCUGGACACUGGACCUCCCUGCCUCUGAGCCACCAACUGGACCCUCUCUAGAGAGCCCACCGCUGGCGCCUGCUGCAGCCCUGAGGUUGGCUGUUGUCACGCUUCUGCCCUGAGACCACCUGGCCCAGCCUUCCUGCACCCCACCCCGGGGAAGUGCUGACUACUGUCCCCCACUUUAGAUCAUGCCAUGUAGAAAAGGCAGCCACCACCUCCACCCAGAGCUGCUGUCGAUGUAGCAAAUAAAGUCAAGAUAUUUUCCUGG